GACAAAGGCUGUCGCCCUGCGAGGGGGAGCUGCGGGCGCCAACGGCCGGCGCUCAGUGGCAGUUGGGGGCUCGAGGGGCUCGAAAGGGAACACUGGUCUCCUCGUGGUCACUGGGUGUCGCAGCUCAGGAACGCCGUCACCCUUUUCGAUCCUUCAGUCUUCACCGAUCAAAGAUACAUCUACCUUCGCCGGCUGACGACUUCUGGAAUCAUGGAGGAAACUACCGAGACAUCUGAGACCAGAACCAAGCUCGCAACUUUGCAUCUAACUCUGCUCGCGAUUGAACGAGCUGAAGAAAAAAAGCGACAGGAGCAACUGAAAGAAGAAGAUGAACUGUGUUUGAAGAUAGAUGAAACAAAGUACGAGGAUAAGGUACUCCUUGUCAUUCUUAAGCCUGAAUCAGGAAAAGAUCUGCCAAAACAUGGUUUGGAGCUGGGCAGCCAGGUGAUCGUCUCCCAGUCCCCGGUAGGUGAAGUCAUUGAAUACGAUGAUACGGGCCGUGGUCUGCGGCGCAGAGACGGACUAGAGGUGGACUUCUGGACAAGAUUUCCUUACGCCGUUGUGACAGGACUGACGAAGAUGGAGCUCACGCUGUCAUUCUCACGCGAGGUAGGGUUCCUCACUGUUGGGAACACUGUCUACGUCAGCUCGAUUGAAAAUUCAGAUUACUCACAGCUGUCAGCAGUACUGCGCUGGCUGAGGAAUGUCGAAAUCAGAAAAUUAUACGCCAGAACACCUGCUGCAAGCACGAUCAGAGAGAUGUUUAAAGAACACGAGGAGUCAUCUGUAAGUUCAGAACCAGACGCGCCCGAGGCAGCACCACCCACCUGCACAGGCAGUUCGUUGGACAGUUCACAGCGUCAGGCGGUGGCGCUGGCGCUCCGGGAUCGGCCGCUGACCGUCAUCCACGGCCCGCCCGGCACCGGCAAGACCACCACCGUCGUGGAGGUGAUCAUCCAGCACGUGAAGCGGGCUCAGCGCGUGCUGGUCUGCGCGCCCUCCAACAAGGCCGUUGACAACGUGCUGGAAGGUGUCUGGAAACAGACCAUGAAAGCAGACUGUGAACUGGACACAGAUCACGUAAUUCGUCUCGGACAGCUGGAACGAAUUAAUAAGGAUCUGAGAGACUUCUCUUUGGACGCACAGCUGGAAAAAUAUUUUGAAAAGAAAGAGAAAGAAAAGAAGCGGACAAAUUUGCUUCUCUACCGGCCGUAUCAAAGGGAGGAAUUGGUGGAGAACGCCAAGGUCGUACUGAGUACGCUGACAUCCGUGCGCAGCGUAUGCGAAGACACUUCUCCGUUCGACCUCUUGGUGAUCGACGAGUGCGGCCAGGCGACGGAGGCCGCCUGCUGGCUGGCCAUCCCACUCGCCAAGAAGGUGAUGCUGGUGGGCGACCCGUGCCAGCUGCCGCCGACCAUCCUCAGUCAGGAGGCGGCCAGCCGCGGUCUGGCCGUCUCGCUGAUGGAGCGGCAGAUGAAGCUGCAUGGUGAGGGUAUCGUCCACAUGCUCGACACCCAGUACCGGAUGCACGCAAUGAUCCAGGAGUGGUCCUCGAAGAACCUGUACGGCGGCAGACUCAAGGCGGCACCGACAGUCGCCAGCCGCCUGCUGACUCAGCUACCCAGCGUGCAGAGCACGAGUCAGACGCAGCCCACCCUGAUGCUCGUAGAUACAGCUGGCUGCAGGCUUCUUGAAUCACAGGACGCCAAGACCAAGUCCUACUGCAACAAAGGCGAGGCGAAUCUCGUGGUGUGUCAUGUCUCGUCGCUGGUGAAGGCCGGGGUGUCGACUGAAUCCAUCGGCGUCAUCACGCCGUACAAGCAUCAGGUGGGGCUGAUCGCUGGCCGUCUGCGCGAGGCAAAUUUGAACGUGGAGGUGAACUCUGUGGACGGGUUCCAAGGUCGCGAAAAGGAGGCCAUCCUGCUCUCUUUGGUGCGCUCCAACCCGCGCCGCCAGGUGGGCUUCGUGGGCGACCGGCGGCGGCUUAACGUGGCGGUGACUCGCGCGCGGCGUCACCUAUACGUCGUCUGCGACACAUCGACCGUGUGUCAGGAUCGCACGAUUCGCUCGCUGGUCAGUCACCUGAGGAGGAAUGGAGAGCUGCGUGAGACCAGCGGCAAGCUCUGUCCGCAUGGCAAGGCCUGCCAGGUCGUCGAGGACGACGAUGACGUCGACGAUCUGGCCUUCCGACUGGGAGCUACAAACCUGCGACGAACGCGGAAACCAAGGAAGCCACGCUACUAAAAGUGCGAAGACGUAUACAUACGUCGGCUAGUGUGCGAACUGUGGUGGGGCUCGCCAAGGUUUUAAGUGAUCUUUUAGUCUAGCGAUGGCUAUGCAACGGCUGUGCAGUCUGCAUUGGUAUUAGGGGUUGAUAAAAGAAAACUGCGAUUUCAGUGUAAUCUUCCUGAUCGCGCAAAACCAAAUGGUUGGCAACACUGCUAUACUUGCCCGACACGUGUGGCAGGAGUUCCUCUGUUUGAAGUGAGCGCGCGUACUGCAUAUAUGAUAGGUAGUCAGUAGUCACAUCUAAGAACUAUCAGGAACCCAAGAAGCAUUGGUUCCUGCUAGCUUUUGCAUUGUUUUGCGCUUUGUGUUCUUGUAUCGUGUUUUCUUGGCAGAACCAGCGAUCGUAGAACGACGGUAGACGGAGCAGUCGAUUGAUUUUAACUCGUUUUGUGGAAUGCCGUUUUUAAUACAUAAACAGGAGUAUAGCUGUUGUCAUAAUGACAAAACUGCCUUUGUAGUUCGUAGGUCCUUAUUUCGUUGCAAGUUCUUUCAGGUCGCUUUGCCCCUCUCUGGCCUCCUAUAGUUCUGGAAAAGGCGAUUAGGGCUAAGUAAACGACAUUGGUGUUGAAAAUGCUGAGGCUCAGUGAUUUGUUUUCUUGAUGAAAUAUAACAAGUCGUU